GAAGCUCGUGAUAUGUUCUAUCAUGCCUAUCAUGCAUACAUGGAUAAUGCCUAUCCGGCCGAUGAAUUAAUGCCUUUAUCAUGUAAAGGUCGUUAUCGUGGUGUAACACCAUCGCGUGGUGAUAUGGAUGAUAUAUUGGGAAAUUUCUCCAUGACCCUCGUUGACACCCUGGACACUUUGGUGGUGUUGGGAGAUUUUGCGGAAUUUGAACAUGCUGUGAAAUUGGUGAUACGUGAUGUACAAUUUGAUAAUGAUAUUAUUGUAUCGGUUUUUGAGACAAAUAUUCGUAUGAUGGGUGGCCUACUGUCCGCUCACAUUUUAGCCGAAUAUAUACAAAAGAAUGCACAAGUUAUGCCAUGGUAUAAAGGUGAACUAUUGGAAAUGGCCCGAGAUUUGGGUUAUCGUCUAUUGCCAGCAUUUAAUACAUCAACGGGUAUACCGCAUGCUCGGGUCAAUUUACGUUAUGGCAUGAAAGAUGAACAGCUAAAGAAGUCACGCGAAACAUGUACCGCUUGUGCUGGUACGAUUCUAUUGGAAUUUGCGGCAUUGUCAAGGUUGACAGGUGAUCCCAUAUUUGAAGCUCGUGCCCAUGCCGCCAUGGAUGCCCUGUGGAAGCUACGUCAUCGGGGGUCCGAUUUGAUGGGUACCGUUUUAAAUGUCCAUUCCGGUGAUUGGGUACGUCGUGAUUCUGGUGUUGGUGCUGGCAUUGAUUCCUACUAUGAAUAUCUCUUUAAAUCCUAUGUCCUGCUGGGUGAUGAUAAAUAUUUGGCACGGUUCAAUCGCCACUAUAAUGCCGUUAUGAAAUAUGUUAGUGAGGGUCCAAUGUUGUUGGAUGUCCUAAUGCAUCGACCACAUGCCAAGUCACGUAACUUUAUGGAUGCGCUAUUGGCUUUUUGGCCAGGUCUACAGGUGCUGUCGGGUGAUUUGAAACCCGCUGUGCAGACCCAUGAAAUGUUAUAUCAAGUUAUGCAAAUGCAUACCUUUAUCCCGGAGGCCUUUACGAUCGAUUUUCAAAUACACUGGGGUCAACAUCACUUGCGACCGGAAUUUAUAGAAUCCACCUAUUUUUUGUAUCGUGCCACGGGUGAUCACCAUUAUUUGCAGGUUGGCAAGAAGGUCUUGAAGGCAUUGCAACAAUAUGCUAAGGUACCAUGCGGUUAUGCCGCCGUGAAUGAUGUUCGUACCGGCAAACAUGAAGAUCGUAUGGAUUCGUUUGUCCUAUCGGAAACGUUUAAGUAUUUGUAUUUGUUGUUUACCCAGCCACAGGAUUUGAUAUUGAAUAUUGAUGAAUUUGUGUUCACCACUGAGGCCCAUUUGCUGCCCCUGUCAUUGGCCCAGUUGGGCAAUUCCACGUACAGUUUCCGCCAAUCCGAGGAACACAAUGUGUUGGAUUUUAUGCGCACCUGCCCCUCAUCGAACAAGCUUUUUCCUGAGAAAGUACGCAAACCUUUACGCAACUUCAUUACCGGCUCGUGCCCGCGCACGCCAGCCACCAAACGGCUACGAGCCCUUGACUUUCAAGCGAGUAAUGCCGAUCAUUUACGAGCUGUUUACGACAUGGGUAUCACAAUGGUUUCAUUAGGCGAUGGCAAGGUGCGACUGUUUCAUAGUUUUUAUAAUGCAAAAUCUCCCGAAGAAGGUGAAAUGGGUCUACAAUUUAUGCAGGAAAUGUUGGAAUUAACUAAAUUGCAAUCGCUGAAUCAAUUGGCACAAUUACAGGCCGUUGCUUACCCUGUGGAUGACAAAUCGAACGAAUGGACCGCCCUAAUGGCCGGACCCUCACACUUCAGCCCCGAAUUGACCGAAGACGAUUUUGUCGAAAGUGAAGUUCUUCUCGCCGAACCAUUGCGUGCCUGUGAUGAACGUCUGGCAAAUGCCGAUAAGGUUAAGGGUAAAAUUUUGAUUGCCGAACGUGGUGAUUGUACUUUCGUGAGUAAGGCACGUUUGGCCCAAAAGUCGGGUGCCUUGGCCCUAAUUGUCUGUGAUAAUGUACCCCAUUCAUCGGGUGAAAUCCAACCGAUGUUUGCCAUGUCUGGCGAUGGGAUCAACGAUGUCACCAUACCGGUUGUAUUUAUGUAUUCCCUGGAAUUUGGCAAACUAGCGCAGGUAAUGAAACGUCGGCCGAACAUGAAGAUACGAAUUAUGCAAAUGAUUGAAUUUAAACGAUGGCAAAUGGCCAAGGAGACGGCGGCAGAGGCGGCGGCGACGACGAAAGCAAAUUCCAAUACGACAACGGAGACAGAAGGUUCAGCAACAUCGUCGUCAUCGACCACACCGACAAAGAAAACCAAACCCGAAAAGGAAUUGUAG